GUAUGAAGCUGGUGAGAUCGGAAGCGUCGGGGGCGUCUCUUCCCCCUGAGAUCCCCGUCAGUCAGCCCGCCCCCACCGCGUCCUCCCUGAGGAGAAUCUACGAGAGACCGUCCACCACCUGCAGCAAGCCAAAGAGGGUGAGUCCGAGCAGUGACGAGGAACCCUCAGCUUCCCUCCAUCCUCAUCCUCCUUCUUCCUUGCAGGUGGUGAAGGGUUCAUCUCCAACUGAAGUGGGGGAUGAGGAUGCCAUGGGUCAGAUCCGGAAGGGGCAUGACACCAUGUGUAUGGUGCUGACCAGCCGCAUGCGCAACCUGGACACGGUGAGAGUGGUAUGGAGCUCCGGAGACAUCAAGACCUCCUUGGACUCGGCGGUGGCAGUCAAUGACUUGUCGGUGGUCGUGGACAUGUUGAAUAUUAUUAACCAGAAAGCGUCUCUGUGGAAGCUGGACCUGUGCCUGACCGUCCUCCCGCAGAUCGACAGACUGCUACAGAGCAAAUACGAGAGCUACGUGCAGACCGGCUGUGUGUCCCUGAAGUUGGUGCUACAAAGGUUCCUCCCGCUGAUUACGGACACGCUGGCGGCUCCUCCCUCAGUGGGCGUGGACAUUUCUCGUGAGGAGAGACUGGCAAAGUGUAAGAUGUGCUACAAGCACCUCCGCAGCCUCUGGUCACUGGUGAAGAGCCGAGCGUCUCAGAGCGGCCGGUAUGGAAGUGCCUUCCGGGAGCUGCACCUCCUUAUGUGUGCGCUGGACUGAGCCGAGCUGGAACUCCCAGAAUCCUUUGCCAGAGCGGCACCAUGGUAUGGAGGAUUAUUUAUUGGC